AUGAGUGCAAUGUUGGAAACCCCUGAGCUGCCGGCGGUGUUCGAUGGGGUGAAGCUAGCUGCAGUUGCUGCUGUUCUGUAUGUUAUUGUUCGCUGCUUGAAUUUAAAAAGCCCAACUGCCCCUCCUGAACUCAUUUACCAGGACUCUGCUUUGGCCCGCUUUCUACUCAAAUCCUGCCCACUUUUGACCAAAGAGUACAUUCCACCCCUGAUCUGGGUAAAGAGUGGACAUAUCCAGACUGCUCUUUACGGAAAAAUGGGGAGAGUGAGAUCACCACAUCCGUAUGGACUUCGCAAGUACCUCACGAUGCCAGACGGAGCAACAGCCACCUUUGAUCUCUUUGAUCCACAGUCAGAGCACUGCAUUGGAGAGGAUGUCACAAUGGUAAUCUGCCCUGGGAUUGCUAACCACAGUGAAAAGCAGUAUAUCCGCACUUUUGUUGACUAUGCGCAAAAAAAUGGGUACAGAUGUGCUGUCCUGAAUCAUUUGGGAGCCUUACCAAAUAUUGAGCUCACUUCUCCACGGAUGUUCACAUAUGGUUGCACCUGGGAAUUUUGUGCCAUGGUUAAUUACAUCAAGAAGACCUAUCCUCAGACCCAGCUGGUUGUUGUGGGUUUCAGCCUGGGUGGAAACAUUGUGUGUAAAUACCUGGGAGAGAGCCAGGCCAACCAGGAGCGAGUCCUGUGCUGUGUCAGCGUGUGCCAGGGGUACAGUGCACUGAGGGCACAGGAAACCUUCAUGCAGUGGGAUCAAUGUAGAAGAUUUUAUAACUUCCUCAUGGCAGACAACAUGAAGAAAAUCAUCCUUUCUCACAGGCAAGUUCUUUUUGGAGAUAACAACAUGAAGAAGCCACAAAGCUUGUCAGAUGCUGAUCUGAGCAAACUCUAUACAGCAACAUCCCUUAUGCAGAUUGAUGAUAACGUUAUGAGGAAGUUCCAUGGCUACAGUUCCCUGAAGGAAUACUAUGAAGAAGAAAGCUGCCUGCAUUACUUGCACAGAAUCUAUGUUCCUCUUCUGUUGGUUAAUGCUGCUGAUGACCCUCUUGUGCAUGAGAGUCUUCUAUCAAUUCCAAGAGCUCUUUCAGAGAAAAGAGAAAACGUCAUGCAUGUGCUGCCCCUUCAUGGAGGCCACCUGGGAUUUUUUGAGGGGUCUGUACUAUUUCCAGAACCCCUUACCUGGAUGGAUAAGCUUGUGGUACAGUAUGCCAAUGCCAUCUGCCAGUGGGAGAAGACAAAAUCUCACUGCUCAGACACAGAGCAGGCUGUAUCUGGCCAGGAGUAAUUGACCCAAAGACUCUGGAUCAUGUCAGUAUAUCUCACUCUUUGGGAACAUCUUGUUUCCUCACCUGCUGCUUCAGGUUUCC